AUGAUUCGACGACAAUACGUUUUACUAGUUCUUUUUACUGCUAUAUUUCAAAUCUUUUUUUCGCCAACAAGUACACUUUCAUUAAAUACAACAAAUUACGUUCAAUUAUCAACAUCAACAUCAACAUUAACAGCAUCGCAAUCGACAAAUAAAUGUGAAUCAGCAUCAAUUGAUGAAUUUCCACCAUUAUUUUUUACAGAUGAGCAACGUCGCCGUGGUGGCUUUCUUGUCUAUGUAGUUCUUAUACUGUAUUCAUUUGCAGCUAUUGAAAUUGUUUGUGAUGAUUAUUUUGCAUCCGCAUUAGAAAGAAUCAGCUGCAAUUUAAAUUUAACACCGGAUGUUGCUGGAGCAACUUUUAUGGCAUUGGCAACAUCGGCGUCAGAAUUUUUUACAUCCAUCGUUGGUGUUUUCUUUGUUAAAUCUGAUAUAGCUCUGGGCACAAUCGUUGGUUCAGCUGUUUUCAAUAUUCUUUUUGUCAUUGCUUUAUGUGCACUUAUUUCAACAACAGUAUGUGAGCUGGAUGGAUAUCCGAUUGUACGCGAUGCAGGUUUUUAUUGUAUUGCUGUUGCUGCACUUUAUAUAGUUAUAUAUGAUCAACGUGUGUACUGGUAUGAAGCAUUAGCAUUAGUUUUACUCUAUUUUGUUUAUGUUGGCAUUCUAAAAUUUAACGAUCGUCUAUCUCGUCUUAUGAGCGGUAAUGCAAAAAAUCAGAAAACAUCUGGGUCACGAGAACAUCCUCCAGAACAAUUACAAGCAUUAAAUAAUAGCGUUGAACUAGAAGAAAAUCUGACUACUCGUGGUCGAUCAGUUUCCGAAUCGAUUGUGAUGAGUACAGCAACGCAUACAUCUGGAGCUACUGGUAGCGAUGAUCUAAAACGACGUUUACCUUAUAAACCAAGUAAACGACGUCUUAAAGAUACACCAGAUAAUCAACAAAUAGUGGCUAAUGCAACAGAAAUAUUCGAUCCAUUGAAAUUGCCAACAAAAAGAUAUAAAAUCUUAAAAUGGGUUUUAAUGUAUCCGGUUCGUUUACUUAUGCAUAUAACAAUACCUGAUUGUCGAAAAGAAGUUUUUCAUAAUUAUUAUAUGCUUACAUUUGUCAUGUCAACUAUCUGGGUGGCUGGUCUUGCUUAUCUUCUUGUAUGGCUUGUAGUAAUUGUUGGCUUUACUUUAAAUAUUCCAGAUAGUAUUAUGGGUUUGACAGUACUAGCAUUUGGUUCAUCCAUAGAAGAAAUCUUUUCAGCUAUUGUUAUGACACGACGUGGGCAUCCUGAAAUGGCAAUUGCUGGUUCAAUUGGCUCAAAUGUGUUCGAUAUUUUAAUGGGAUUAGGUAUACCAUGGUUGUUCCGAAAUUUAAUGCGUUUUACUCAUCAGCCAACACCAUUUGAAGCAUCAUCAAUUUUGAGCGAUGGUUCAUUGUCAACUUUUUCGUCAAGCUCUUCCGAUCCUGCUGCUUUUUCGAAUCAUGAUACUUUAGGACCUUCAAGUAGCGAUGAACCGUUCUUUGUUGAAAUUCAUUCACGAGGUUUAGUUUAUUCAACAGUUGUUCUGUUCGUUGCAAUUAUUACAUUUCUUAUAACUUUCUUUGUCAAUCGAUGUCGUCUAACAAAAUUUUAUGGUGUUUUUCUGAUUGUCGUAUGGUUGUCUGUCGUAGCUCUGAUGUGCCUAUUUGAACUAAAUAUUUUCGGCGCCCUCCAUCCUAUACCAUGUCGAAAUAGACUCGUUAGCACUGUGUAG